AUGCAGACCACUGCAGUGAUGGAGACAGCUUCUGGUACAGGCUACCGCAACGAUGGACGAUACAUGCAGGAAGAUGAGCCUUCUAAUCCUAAGAGAGAAAAUUUGUUACUAUCUUCCAAGGGUUAUAAUGAAGCCAACUUGACUUUUCUUGAUGAGAACUGGGAUUCCUUGGUGCUAGAACAAAGAGCUAAUGACAAAGAAAUCAGCGAUCUUGACAAAAUAGAUUUAUUGGCACCAUCUUGUACUGCAAGUCCCGAUUCUGACAGAGAGAGUACUCACUCUCAGUCGAGUGAGUCUGAAGACAGUGCUGAUUAUGCUUUCUUGAAUGAAACCUACUCUAUACAUUAUUCAGAGUCAAAACUGAAGAAUGAAUGUCGUAUUCGUUUAAAAUCAGAAUUAGAUUCUGAAAUUCAGAAAGGAGAGGAGGUGUUUUUUGAUAUCUUGGAAUAUCAAGGUAAUAAAAUUAUUGGCUUGGAAAGAAUCUACACGAUUUCAGAUGAUGAUUCUAAAGAGACUGCUGAAGAUGUGCAAACAUACCGUACAGAUGAAGAUUCACAGCAGGAGUAUCUCAGCGCGGAUGAACGAGAAUGUGCGAGUGACCAUUUAUCUCCUGGCCAAGCAGAAACGUUACACAGGUCUGACCUCGGAGAUGUGAGGUUGAGAAAUCCAGGUUGUGAAGCGAAAUGUGCCAGCAGUCUGGAAGAGAAUCAUGUUACGUUAGAAAGUAGUUCUAGCAUCUCUGUAGAUUCAGUUGAUGUUUAUGGACAAGAAGAUUCACCUCCUGUCUCCAAGUUUCUGACUUCUGUUAUGUUAGGAGAAUAUCAUAAACCAAAGCAUGGAAAGUGUCAGGAGGAAGAGACCAGCUUAAUGUACCGCACAGUAUCUGAGGAAAUUGCACGAAGGAGGAGUCCUCUUGAAAACCGGGAACCUCAGUCGGAGAGUGGUUUCUUGAACCCUCAGAAAGCAUUAAAAACUAAAAUUUAUGGUGGCAAAAUGAAAUCUCAAAUGACUGAAAGUAAAGAUUUUUGUGGAAAUGCAAUUGUUGAGAACAAAAUGUUACAACACAUUGAAAAUCCUAGCACAUUACCACAGGACAAAGCCUUAGACACAUUACUGCAACCUUGGAAAGAUUGUCAAACUUCCUGGGCCUCUGUUUUUGAUGAUUCUGUAAUUUCUGCCUCUGGAUACUCACUUUAUAAAAGCCUACAAAACACUCCUAACGCAGCCUCAGGUUGUUCUGUGCCUCUCCCCAGGAUCGCAGUCAGAAAUAACCAUGCAACAGAAGACGAUAGCUCCCUGCAAGGUGCUAGUGGCAGUACCACGAAUGAAACAUGCUUUCACGAUGUGGAAGGAACAUGUCCUGAGUCGGUGACAGGUGCAGCGAGUUGCAUGAUGACAGUUAAUCAGACUGUGGACGUUAGCACCGAUUUCAGGGCUUGCUUCACCACCAGCAGGGCGACGAGUGCAGGGUCUUCUGUAGUGUCUACAUCAAGCAACACAGAGAUAACAAUGAUGAAUAAAACACGGCCUGGUGAAUGGCAACGGGAGAAGCAAAGAAGUGUGGCUUGUAAUACCGACUGGUCAUACAGUCAAGAUAAUGAAGAUACGGGGAUGGCAGUGACAAAAGGACCAUUGGGAAAAUCUCUCUUGGUUGACAGUUUAAAACCUAAUGGAAAUUUCCUAAAUAAGGAUUCCCUGGAAUUAAAAACAUUUGAUAUCAUAGACUUAAAGAAACAUCCUGAGAGGGAAACUCAACUUCCUGAAGAAAUGGAGAAGAAUUUUCCAUCAAAGUGCUGUCAGAAAAUAAUGCAGAGAGCCGUCAAAGCAGAGUUGCACCUUUUAAAUGUUCACUAUCAAAUGUGUCACCGCCACUGCAGAGAUAUUUACAAACUCGUAACGGAAAAUAGGGAAGGAUUAAAUAUUUUGUGAACUUAACUUUUGAACAGGAAUUUAUCAAGCAAUUCUACUCAGACGGAAUUAGGAUCAGCACUGCUGUCUGUUUUGGGAGACUUAAAAGUUAGAUACGUGAGUUUAAAAGAAAAACUAAACAAGGGUGUCCCACUGGAAGAGCUGCCCCCACUGUCAUUAGAAUCAAAAUUAUUAUCUACCUUCUCUACUUUCAUUUCAAGGCUAAAGACAGAAGAAUCACAUGUUCUUUUAGGAGCAGAUUCUGAAGUAGACAAUCAAAGUACACAUGAUGUUGAUGUUUCUUUGAGCCUAAAAAAGACACUCCCUCAAAUGUCUUUAUUAUCUGACAAUAGUCAUCCUAAACAAGAUACAUCACCCAAAGAAGAUGGUUUAAAAAGCAGUGAUGUAAACGUAGACUUUAGUCACCUGAAACUUGACGAUAAAGAUUGCAAAAAUUGUCGAGAAGUAAGUGAAGACUGGUUUGACGCCAAGGAGAACCUGACUGGAGCUGACUUCUCAGGAACACAAGAAAAUCAAGCAGAGCAAGACAGAGGCGAUCCGAAGUUUACACUAGACAUGAAGAAUAGUGAGCCCUUACGAAGAGAUAAGGGUUAUUUGAUACACGUUGGUGGUCUCUGUCCUUCGGUAUCUGAGGCUGAUUUAAGGUCUCAUUUCCAGAAAUACCAAGUCUCUGAAAUAUCAAUUUAUGAUUCUUCUACUAAUUACAGAUAUGCAUCUCUUGCUUUUAAAAAAAACAGUGAUGCAAAGAUGGCUGUGAAAGAAAUGAAUGGGGUAGAAAUAAAUGGAAAAGCCGUAAAUGUGCGGCUUGUUAAAACUCCUGGAGAAUAUACAUCACCACUGUCCUCCCAAAAUGGAAAUAGAGUUAGCUUGAAUAAUUUGGAGAAAAGCACCAGCAAAGAAAUCACCUCAGCUUCCUGCAUUUCUAGAUUGCACAGAACUAGGCCAAGGCAUCUGGGAUCUGAGCACGACAGUGAGUUUUUCCCUUUUGACCAAAAGGGUGUUAAGAAGAAUUGUACACAGGUUGAAUCUACUAAAUUAUUACCUGAUACACCUAUUCGAUUCAUACCUCCAAAUACAUUGAACCUGAGUAGCUUUACCAAGAUCAUGAAGAGACUGGCUGAACUCCAUCCAGAAAUUAGCAGAGACCAUAUUAUAGAUGCUCUUCAGGAAGUAAAAAUAAAUCAUAAAGGUUUUCUGAAUGGCUUAUCUAUUAAUACUAUUGUGGAAAUGACUUCAUCUGUUUUGAAAAGGUCUGCUUCCAGUUACGAAUAAAAGAAACAAUAAGAGAAUUUCCUUGGAGAAUGUGUGUUCCCUCCUACAGAGAAUGUUCUACAGCACUUAGGAAAAAAU